AUGUACGUUUCAUAAUCCAAAGUAUUAGAAUGUAAGUUCAAACCUAUUAUUAUUAUUAGAAUGUCUAAUUGAUAUAUCUAAAUAAGUCUUGGGAGAGUAAAUGGAUAGAGAAAAUAGAGUAGCUAUUCUUAAUCGAAUAAAAGAAAUAACUCUAGAGACAUUCCAAAGACAUUAUUCAGAAGAGAUACUUCUACUUUAACAAGAAUUACGUUAACAAUCACAAACUAUUGAUAGAAUCAAAAGAGAAUAUUAGGAUAGAGAAUAAUAAUUAAUAAUAGAUAUUGAACAUAGAUUGCAUGAAUAGUAGAUCCUACAAUUAUAGGAGAUAAAAAGACUAUAAUAAAUAUAUGAUGAAUAAAUUGAUAUAAAUAAUAAGCAAUUUAUAACUAUUGAGAAAUUCAAUAAAUAAAUCAAGGAAUCCAAUUUGACAAACUAAUAAUUAAGUUUAGAAUUACAAUAAUUUAAGGAUAAUUAAUAGUCUAUUAAUCUUUAAUCAAGAUAUAAUUCUUUAGAAGGAUAAGAAUAUAAAUAAAAGUCAGAAUAAUUAUAAUCUGCUUAUAAUAUUCUUGAAUAGUAGUUUAAGACAUUAAAAUUGGAAUCUGACAGAUAAUUGAAGGAGUAUUAAAGAAAAUUAUAAACAAUUACAGAUUAAUAAAUAUUUUAAGAGAGUGAGUUAUCUAAUAAUAGAUUGGAAAUUGAAUAACUUAAAAUUAAAAAAUAAUAAGAAGCAUAAAAAUAAAAGGAAAUUUUAGAAUAAUUAAAAGAAAAAAGUGAAAUAAAAAUAAAAGAAUAUAAAUAGAAAUUGAAAGAUUUAUAAAAUAAGGAUUAACAUAUAUCUGAAUUAAAAGAAUAAAUUAAAGAAUAUGAAUAAUAAAUUGAAUUCUAAUCAACUUAACAUAGAUAAGCAAUCAAAAUGUUAGAAUAAUAAUAUAAGAAAUAAUAUUCAAGAUUAGAAGAAAAUUUAGAAUAAGAAAAGAUAGAAUUAUAAUAANAUAGGAUUACGUACACCUUCCACAAUUUCCUUUAAUAAUUACAUUUAUUAAUUAACGAAUAAAUAUAUGUACGUUUCAUAAUCCAAAGUAUUAGAAUGUAAGUUCAAACCUAUUAUUAUUAUUAGAAUGUCUAAUUGAUAUAUCUAAAUAAGUCUUGGGAGAGUAAAUGGAUAGAGAAAAUAGAGUAGCUAUUCUUAAUCGAAUAAAAGAAAUAACUCUAGAGACAUUCCAAAGACAUUAUUCAGAAGAGAUACUUCUACUUUAACAAGAAUUACGUUAACAAUCACAAACUAUUGAUAGAAUCAAAAGAGAAUAUUAGGAUAGAGAAUAAUAAUUAAUAAUAGAUAUUGAACAUAGAUUGCAUGAAUAGUAGAUCCUACAAUUAUAGGAGAUAAAAAGACUAUAAUAAAUAUAUGAUGAAUAAAUUGAUAUAAAUAAUAAGCAAUUUAUAACUAUUGAGAAAUUCAAUAAAUAAAUCAAGGAAUCCAAUUUGACAAACUAAUAAUUAAGUUUAGAAUUACAAUAAUUUAAGGAUAAUUAAUAGUCUAUUAAUCUUUAAUCAAGAUAUAAUUCUUUAGAAGGAUAAGAAUAUAAAUAAAAGUCAGAAUAAUUAUAAUCUGCUUAUAAUAUUCUUGAAUAGUAGUUUAAGACAUUAAAAUUGGAAUCUGACAGAUAAUUGAAGGAGUAUUAAAGAAAAUUAUAAACAAUUACAGAUUAAUAAAUAUUUUAAGAGAGUGAGUUAUCUAAUAAUAGAUUGGAAAUUGAAUAACUUAAAAUUAAAAAAUAAUAAGAAGCAUAAAAAUAAAAGGAAAUUUUAGAAUAAUUAAAAGAAAAAAGUGAAAUAAAAAUAAAAGAAUAUAAAUAGAAAUUGAAAGAUUUAUAAAAUAAGGAUUAACAUAUAUCUGAAUUAAAAGAAUAAAUUAAAGAAUAUGAAUAAUAAAUUGAAUUCUAAUCAACUUAACAUAGAUAAGCAAUCAAAAUGUUAGAAUAAUAAUAUAAGAAAUAAUAUUCAAGAUUAGAAGAAAAUUUAGAAUAAGAAAAGAUAGAAUUAUAAUAACAUUUAACAUAAAAUUUAGAAUGUAUUAUUACUGAAAAAGAUAAAGAAAUAUUAGGAUUAAGUUAAGAUUUAAAAUAAUUAAAAAUAUAAAUAUAGAAUGAAUUAGAAUAAAAAUAAAAAAGUAACUAAAAAUUUGAAGAACUUAUUAUAACAUAUAAGAACUAAUUAGAAGAAUUAUAAAAUUAAAUUUCAGAUUUAAUUUAAAAAAAUAAUAUAAUUGAAUAAGAAAUUAAUAAAAAAGAUUAAAAUCUAAAAUUAUUAUUAGCUGAUGUUGAUGAUUUGAAAUAAUUUUCAGAAUAAACAUUAAAUACUUUGAAAGAGAAUCAAGAUUAUAUGAGUGAAAUUGAAAGAGAAAAAUAAUAAUAAUAAGAAAUUAUUCUAUCUAUUUAACAUUAAUUAGAAAUAGAAAUUUAAGGAUCAUUUUCAUAUAAAAGAUUAGGAUAAGAAUUGGAAAAAAGAUGUAAAUUAUAUAAAGAAGAACAUAAUUAAUUAUUAGAUAAUUAAUUAAAAUAAUAAACAUAAUAUUAAUAUGAAAUUUAAUAAAAAGAAUUAAGAUUUAAAUAAGAAAUAGAAAAUCUGAUUAAAGAAAAUCAAUUAAUUGUUGAAAACUUUGAAAAUUAAUUAAAGAAACUUAAAUUAGAAAAUAAAUUACUUGAUGAAGAAUAAAUAAGAGCUUAUAAUUAAAUCUAAAAAGAGUUACUCUAAAAAAGUUAAAAAGUUGAACAAAUGGAAAAGUAAAACAAUAAUUUAGUAUAAGAAUUAGAAUCCUAUAUAUUUUAAUAUACUAAUACAUUAUAAUAAUUAGAAGAACAAAAAGUUAUAGAAAAGAAUUUAAAUGAAAUUUCAAUUAAAAAUUAAAAUUUAUUGAAUUCAGAGAAACAAUAAUUAAUUAACUAAAUUGAUGAAUUAAAAUUUAAAUAUAGAUCUAUUAAAUAAAAGAUAUAAAGAUUAUUUAUUAAAUAAAAAGAAUAAUUACAUUUAUAACUUUUUGAAAUGAAAUCUAUCAUUUUGAAUAAAUUAAAAAACUAUGAUUAUGAAAAUAAACAAUUAAUAUAAAGUUCAGUUAAGAAAUUCAAUUAUGUAUAUAUUAUGUAAUAAUAAUUUAGUUAAUUGAUUAAAGUGUGUAAUAAGAAAAAAGAGAUAAUGAAUUUAUAGUUAUUGAAUUAUAAAAAGAUAUGGAAAAGAAGAUUGAACAAUUAAAACGAUAAUACAAAUAAAAUGAAUAAUUAAUACAUGAAGAAGCUCAAAUUAAAUUUAAAUAAAAAAUAUAAUAAAUUCAAUAACAGGAUCAAUCUGUUGAUGAUCUAAAAAAUUAAUUGAAUUAUUAUAUUUAAGAGAAUGAUAAUCUAAAUCAAAAACUUUAAUUUUAGGAUUAACUUAAUAUAGAAUUAUAGAAAAAAACAGAAUAUGAAUAAAGAUAAUUACAAUAAACAAUUAAAGAAUUAGAAAAUGAAUUGUAAAUAAUUUAUUUAUUAAUAUUAGAAUUUAAAUUCAAUAAUCUGCUGAUUACACUUUAAAAGAGAGAUAAUACCUUGAAUAAAGAUAUAAUGAUCUAAAAGAUAAAUCAGAAAAGAAAAUGGAUUCAAUCUAAAGAGAUUAUCAAUAAUAAAUAUAACAACUCGAAACUAUUAUCUAACCAGUUUAAUAAAGACCUUAAUCUCCUCCUUUGCAUUAACAUUCCUUAUCAUCAAGCACUGGUUUUCAUCGUUCUCCAAUAGUGUAAUAAAAUCUAUCAUCUACUAAAAGUAUUUUAUGAUAAAUAUAUUUAUAGAACCAUAUUCCAAACCUCCAUAAUAUAGUAGUCCAUCGAUUAGAACACCUCAUAAAUCUCCUUCAAUUGAUAGAACUGAUAAAACUAUUGAAGAAUUGAGAGCUGAGAUUUAAUAAUAAAAAGAGAAACUUUCAAAAAUAAAACUCAAUUUUACAGAAUCUCAAAAAAAAUCUAAAACAUUUUCAAAGUUUUGA